UUUGGCCGAAGGAGACGUAAAUUACUAAGUUGGUGAAUAAGAGAAAGAACUUCAUCGCCAGCGGUGGAUUCAUAUGAAGUGUAACCAAACCAAACCGAUUCCAAACUGGAUUUCGUGAUGUAUAUGUGAAAGUUUCCCCCCAUCCGAAUUGCUUUCGUUCGGACAAGGGGAGACUUUAAUGGAUUUUUUAUGUGGGACCCGCUAGGAUGGACGUGGUAGAUGAAACAGAAGCGUUACAGAGAUUUUUUGAAGGUCAUGAUAUUACCAGUUCUCUGGAGCCAGCCAACAUCGACACCAGUAUCCUGGAAGAGUACAUCAGCAAGGAGGACGAUAGCACUGACAUCUGUUUCUCAGAGGUCCACAACACCCCAGGACCAAAUUACUCUUCUCCUCAGGCAGGAGUGUCCUCCUCUGGAGGAUUGGUGUGUGGUGUGAGCCCCCCUAUUCCACUACGCCAAGGAGCCCCUCCACCUGGGCCCCCUAGCUGUCAGAACGCCUACCCCCAAGGUCCAUCCCUGAGCCUCCGACACAGCUACCCCUGCCUGGGACAGCAGCAGCAACAACAUCAGCAGCAGCAACAGGCUCACAUCAAGCCUGAGCAUAGGGGCCAUUACGCUCCAGGGACACUACCUGAGUCCCCCCCAGACUCCAGCUCAGAACCAUACUCUCCUCAGCAGGUGAAUGAUCCUCACAUGAUCAGGACCAUGACACCAGAGAACAUGUGUCACAUGACUCCUACUCCACCCCUACCACCACAUGGCCACUAUCCCAGCAUGCAUCGGGACAUGUACCUGAAGCCUGAGCCCAUGAUAUCACAGUAUCCUAUUGGAGCAGCUGCAAGUGGAAGUGGGGACAUGCAACAAACACAGAUGCUCCAUCAACUACUGCAACAUCCUCAGGGGCAAGAUGGCAUCCCUGUUCAUCAGGCUAAGAAGAGGAAGCACUCUGACUCUCCCAACAGCACAAUGAAUUCCCAAAUCCUCACAGGUAUCAUCAAACAAGAACCAGGUUUAAUGCAGGAUGCAGACAACGCCUACCUGGACCCAAACUAUCAGUGCAUUAAGUGGCAACCGCACCAGCAGAACAAGUGGACACCACUAUAUGAUGCCAACUGCAAAGAGCUUCCGAUGCCAACCUACCGAGUUGAUGCUGACAAAGGCUUCAACUUCUCCUUGGCUGAUGAUGCAUUUGUUUGCCAGAAGAAGAACCAUUUCCAGGUCACCGUGUAUGUCGGAAUGCUUGGAGAUCCCAAAUACAUCAAGACAAAUGAUGGCCUGCAGCCCAUCGACUGCUUCUACCUCAAACUCAAUGGGGUAAAGGUGGAAGCUAUGAAUCAGUCCAUCAGUGUGGAGCAGUCACAGUCUGACCGCAGCAAGAGACCCUUCAAGCCAGUGCUAGUCACGCUGCCUCCAGAGCAGGUAACAAAAGUCACAGUGGGACGGCUCCACUUUAGUGAGACCACAGCAAAUAACAUGAGGAAGAAGGGCAAACCAAAUCCCGAUCAGAGGUAUUUCAUGCUGGUGGUGGCGCUGCACGCGCAGUCCCACAGUCAGAGCUACACUGUGGCUGCUCAUGUAUCUGAGAGGAUCAUCGUCAGGGUAACGUCUGGCCAUGCAUCUAACCCAGGCCAAUUUGAAAGUGACAAUGAGGUGCUAUGGCAACGUGGCCAGCUUCCAGACUCAGUGUACCACCACGGUAGAGUUGGUAUCAAUACUGACCGCCCGGACGAGGCGCUUGUUGUCCAUGGCAACCUGAAGGUCAUGGGCACCUUGGUCCAUCCGUCUGAUAUCAGAGCCAAAGAAAAUGUCCAGGAGGUUGACACCACAGACAAUUUAAAACGGAUUUCUCAGAUGAGGCUGGUCCAGUACCAGUACAAGCCUGAGUUUGCUGCCACUGUGGGCAUAGAGAACACGGCGGAGACUGGAGUGAUUGCCCAAGAGGUUCAGCAAAUUUUGCCUGAAGCAGUGAAAGAGGGAGGUGAUGUGGUUUGUGCCAAUGGUGAAACUAUUCCCAACCUGCUGGUUGUCAAUAAGGAGCGUAUCUUUAUGGAGAAUGUUGGUGCUGUGAAGGAGCUCUGUAAACUGACAGAUAACCUGGAGACUCGUAUAGAUGAGCUGGAACGAUGGAGCCGCAAACUGGCCAAACUGCGACGCCUUGACAGCAUGAAGAGUACUGUGAGUGGGGGUACAGUGAGUCAAACAGGAAGUUAUUUUAGCAGAACAGGAAGCGGCCCACUCAAGAAGAAGACAGUUAAAUCUGAGAGCAAGAACUCGACUCCAGAACAGGGCUGCAUCAGUCAGCGGUUCAUGCAGGGGACCAUUCUGGCUCUGGUCAUUGUCAUGGCCUUCAGUGUGAUUUCCAUGUCAGUCCUUUAUGUGCUCACGCUUCACCAUAGAGGAGACGUCACAGAGAAAGAUGGCUUUGUUUCCACCUGCGUUCUCUACAUCUCUUGGAUGCCCAUCUUCACUGCCACUGUAACUGUCUGUCCACCUGUCUGCACAUGGUCAAGAGCUGCACUAGGAUACUCCCACAAGACUCCAUACACGCCUCUGUCCACCACACCUACCACAAUUGCACCACCUUGCUGUUCAACCACAGCUGUAAACAACCAAUCAUCAACAGUUCUGACACAGAAUAACAACCAAUCCACACCAGGUUUAGGCAGCCUAGUUCCAACACCAGGCACUAUCAACAAGAAAGCUAAAUCCAGGCCAAUGGACAAGGAUGGCCACAACAGAAACCGUCUGAGUCACACUUCAGCACCCAUGUACUUUGCCAAGUCGAAGAGGCCUGUGUCCACAGAUCUGGAUGGAGUGGGAACCACCAACCGUCUGCCUGGGGGUCAGCAGCCUGUGCCACGAAGACAACGUAGCCUAUAUGCAAAAGACGGAAGAGAACCCCCCUUUUUCACUAGUGUUCAUAUUGUGGAGACAAACCAAGAAAUCACCGCACAAAGUUGUGCAACAGCUGAGAGCUGCAGCUAUGCAGUAUCUCUUCAUGGUCAAAGAAAUUCCUCCAUCUCACAAAUUACUUUGCACAUGAUGUCCACAAAGAGAGUGUGGGUACAACAAUGUGGAGCUACCAAGGGACGCCUGUGCCUCAACCAUACAGAGACAGAGCUUUACAGAGAACAGAGCACAUCCACAAAGGGGACUCAUCACUUGUGGUCACUGCCUGUGUUGUCUUUCCAAGAGCUCACCUAUCACUUCCGUGUCUCUCUGUCUGGUGAAGUGAAUUGUGGCACCAAAGGAAAAACGUCACCGUACUCUGAUUACCAUUUUGUCUUUCGAAACAACUGUGUGUGAGGAGGAAGAAAAUGUGUUCAAGUGUCUUUACACUUCAUGAUAUAUGUCUCCUUUAUGGUUCCAGUUGUACGCUGUUGUGAUGGGAUGGGUUUUUGACUCUGUAUUGUACAUUAUUUUAAUGAUAUUCAUAAAUAGCAAAUUAUAUACUGUGCCACGGUCCCCAAUAUAACCCCUUCCAUGUGUAUAUGCAUCAAGGCAUCUUUUUUAAUAUGAUCACUGGAGUAUGACACACUGAAAAUGUUUUGGAUGACUACAAUUGGCACUGUUUACUGCCAUCUUUAAAGCUCGUAGAUUUAUCACUGAUUACUGUUACUGUUUAGCAGGCCAGGAUAUUGUAGAGGGCACUGUUCACAUUUUUAUUUUGAUUUAUAAUUCCAUGGAUCUGUGUCUACACUGCAACUAGUUUCUACAGCUAAACUUUUAAUUUGUUUCAUACACUGAAGAGGAAGUCAGUGACUUCUGCUGAAAGCCUCAUAUAUUGAACAUACCUCAGUAGUGCACACUGGCAAAUAUGUGGUCUCUACAGUGGAGCUUUGUGUUGAAGCUGCUGCAGGAAACUAUAGUAUAACUAGUGUGUUUUCAUGCAGCAUCUGAUUAAACACUGUACAGUUAUGACACUGAAUGAAACAUAUUAAAUAUCUAUGCACAUUUCUGCAUAGAAAUAGCUCAUAAUGUGAAAGCAUACUGUAAAUUUGAGGACCCCCUAAGUCAAACUCAUUUUUGUAGAAUCACUGGAAGACAUACAUGUGACUGGAUGAUCAAACAAAUCACAAGAAAUAAACGUGUGGAUGACACUGACAGCUCUUAGCAUCAGAUAGUUGAAAUGCAGAAGUUCUACACUGACAAUAUUUAUAACAAAACACUGGAAUCGCUUACAUUGUAUUUUGCUUACUGGACAAUGCUGGUAAGGCAGUAAUGAUAUAUAUCUUUUCAGGUGCGCACCCAAUCAUUUCUCUAAAAUGAUGCAUUGCAGCUUAGAGGCAAGAUCUAUUUAAGUGCAUUGAUCAUAAAGUUGAGAAGAAGCUAAUUUACUCCUAGGGCAGAAAUACACUGGAUACUCCAUUAUAUAUAUUUCUGUGGAUGCUCCUCUCUCUCUCUCUCUCUCUCUCUCUCUCUCUCUCGAUCUCUUUGCAUAUAAAACUAAGACUAUGCAACGAUAACACUUUUAAUAUAAUUGACUUUUAAACUUUUCUUAUUGUUUUACCUUUUCUUGGUUCUCUUAAAUAUCAGACACCAUACUUUGGUUGAAAUUUGUUAUUAAAUCAAUAUUAUUCCUGUGAUCAAAAAGAAAAACACAACAGCAUAACUCAAAUGUAACAAACAAUAAAUAGGAAGAACAGCCAUCAGACAGCCACCAGACAAAGAUUAUGAUAUGAAGACCCUCUACAAUGCUUUUACUGUACCUUUCUGCUUUUAAAGCUUAUUUAUAAUGUACCAGCUAGCAUAAUGAAACCACUGUAGAAUUUGUACACUGUAUAUAUGAACUGCUCUUACUGUGCCCAGUGCACCAGACUGGUGUCACAUACUCUGGUAGAAGUGAAUUACAUGUAACUGUACUGCUUCAUUGUAUUACUACCAAUUCUCCUUUUUAUCUGAUGUGUUUAAUUGUAUUGUUAUUUUGUUGUUUUUUAUCAAUAAUAUAUUAAUUUCUAGCUUUUUAAGCUGAGAAAUGAUUGAUAAGCACGAGAGCACACAGACACAAAUUUAUUUUAGCAUCUUUUUGUUUAAAACCAUUUGGAUAAAAUUAAUUGACAACAUUAAUAUCACUAUUUUAUUGCCCAUUUAUCGUUACAUUUUGAGUUGGUCUUGUUUUUCAGAAAAAUAUGUUGUAAUACUAUGAUUGCAUGCAGUAAAUAAAUUGGCGAUUAUA